CCGGUCCCCCCGCUCUCUGGGCUCAUUCGCCAUUUUGACACAGUCGAGUGCGCGGAGCUGCCAACGCUGCGGCUAACAACCACGUAAACAACACCACCGGGGACGGACAGAGGAGCGAGUGAAGCAGGAAACAUCAUGAGUGGCUGUCGUGUCUUCAUCGGCCGUUUGAGCCCACAUGCCAGAGAGAGAGACGUGGAGAAGUUUUUCAAGGGAUAUGGACGGAUUCGGGAGAUCAACUUGAAGAAUGGAUUUGGCUUCGUGGAAUUCGACGACCAUAGAGAUGCAGAUGAUGCUGUGUACGAGUUGAAUGGAAAGGAGUUGUGCAGUGAAAGGGUCACUAUCGAGCAUGCUCGCUCCAGACGAGGAAGAGGUGGCGGCCCUGGAAUGGGACGUUUCAGUAGCGGCAGCAGUGGGGGUGGCGGCGGUGGCGGCGGCUAUCGUCCAUCUCGCAGCAGUGGAUCCAGGUACGGCCCUCCUGUGCGGACGGACCACAGGCUCAUUGUAGAGAACCUCUCUUCACGGAUUAGCUGGCAGGACCUGAAAGACCUGAUGAGAAAAGCAGGUGAAGUUACCUUUGUGGACGCUCACAGGCCCAACAAAAACGAAGGGGUGGUUGAGUUUGCAUCUCGCAGUGACAUGAAGAACGCCAUUUCCAAGCUCGAUGGGACAGAACUGAACGGACGCAAACUGAAGAUAUUUGAGGACAGCAGAAGUCGCAGCAAGAGCCGUUCCCGCUCCCGCAGCUACUCUCGUUCCAAGAGUCGCUCCCGCAGCCGCAACCGCUCCAGGAGCCGCUCCAGGUCUCUCAGCCGCACCCCAGAGAAGAAGUCGUCAGGUGGAAGCAAGGGCGCAGCCAGAUCCCCCUCCAGGUCCAAGUCUCGCUCCAAGUCCCGCUCCAGGUCUCGCUCGCGCUCACCAGCCCCGGCUCAGAACAAACAGUCUCGCUCCCGUUCUCGCUCUCGUUCUCGGUCCCGCUCUCGUUCACGUUCUCGCUCCGCCUCAGCAGACAGCAAACACUGAGAUCAGUACCCGUGUUUGGUCGUAACAUAGACUGGUAGUUGAUCACCAUAGGCCUGUAUGGUGAAAUGUGGUUUUGUUUUUUUAAUGAAGAGAGGGAAUUGCCUUUUGCAAAUACUUGCCUCUUUUGAAAUAAGAUCAGCUGUUAAUGUGCCCAUCUUGUUUUUUUUUGUUAGUUUGGAUGUGCUUCCACUGGGAAUUUUUAUUUUCCCGUUACUUAAUGAUUUAUACAUUUCCCCCUUUUUAAAACUCCGUAUUUCGACGACAUACUGAGCUACGGCAAACAUGUGAAUUGGUGACGACAACCCUGCAGCUCGUCUGCCAUGUUUUGAUUCCAUCCACUCCUCUGUGCUUUGCGUGCUUCGAGUGUUGAAAGUUCUCUGGGAAUGGUUUCAAUUCUCCAAAAUGUUGUUGAGUCCGUUUGUGUUUGAAACGUGAGCUCCUGGUGUCGACGUGAAACUGUGAUUCUGCUUCUGGCGAGGCACCAAAACAGGCGCCCCCACACGUGUUGCAUUCACUGCCCUGAUAUGUAUGUGAUGAUGAAAAUGCUAACAUCUCAGUCGGUGAUGUAUUUCAGCUUCCCUGUGUAAUGAUAUUGUAAUUCGAAACUAAUUUUGAGCGGCUUUUUUUAAACACUGCUGUAUCAGGACCGUGUCUUGUGUUCGUGAUUCAUUUUCUUUGCUUUUAUUUACUCCGUCUCCAGACUUGUGUGGUGUUGUCUGAACACAAGUGUCUUUUUCAGCAAGAAGAAAUGUUUAUUGAUUCGAUACUAAUAAAAUUCACUUCAUAUUGUCAUUUCUUUUUUUUGUUUUGUCCAGAAACAACUCUGAAUAUUUUGUAAAUGCAGGUCGCUCGUAUAUAUUAAAUAAAUUCUCUGCAGUUUAA